AUGUCCCCUAUGAGCACAACCACAUUAGAAUCAUCUACAAGUGAAAGUGGUUCAACACUGGAAACUCCAUUAUCCACAACAGGUACCUCUCCAUCUUCACCAUCUUCUAUGACAGAAAGUACACCAGAAUUGACUUCAUAUACAACCGAAAUAUCUUCAGCUAGUGUAGAACAAACAACAAGCCAGCAGACACAAACCUCUCCAGAUACUUCUAGCACAGAAACUGAAUCUACGACAGCUUACUCAACAUUUACAACAGCUAUGUCCCCUAUGAGCACAACCACAUUAGAAUCAUCUACAAGUGAAAGUGGUUCAACACUGGAAACUCCAUUAUCCACAACAGGUACCUCUCCAUCUUCACAAUUCUCUACGACAGAGAGUACUUCAGAAUUGACUUCAUCUACAACAGAAAUAUCUUCAGCUAGUGUAGAACAAACAACAAGCCAGCAGACACAAACCUCUCCAGAUACUUCUAGCACAGAAACUGAAUCUACAACGACAGCUUACUCAACAAUUACAACCGCUAUGUCCCCUAUGAGCACAACCACAAUAGAAUCAUCUACAAGUGAAAGUGGUUCAACACUGGAAACUCCAUUAUCCACAACAGGUACCUCUCCAUCUUCACAAUUCUCUACGACAGAGAGUACUUCAGAAUUGACUUCAUCUACAACAGAAAUAUCUUCAGCUAGUGUAGAACAAACAACAAGCCAGCAGACACAAACCUCUCCAGAUACUUCUAGCACAGAAACCGAAGCUACAACGACAGCUUACUCAACAAUUACAACAGCUAUAUCCCCUAUGAGCACAACAACAUUAGAAUCAUCUACAAGUGAGAGUGGAUCAACACUGGAAACUUCAUUAUCCACAACAGGUACCUCUCCAUCUUCACCAACUUCUAUGACAGAAAGUACAUCAGAAUUGAGUUCAUCCACAACCGAAAUAUCUUCAGCUAGUGUAGAACAAACAACAAGCCAGCAGACACAAACCUCUCCAGAUACUUCUAGCACAGAAACUGAAUCUACAACGACAGCUUACUCAACAAUUACAACAGCUAUAUCCCCAAUGAGCACAACCACAUUAGAAUCAUCUACAAGUGAGAGUGGAUCAACACUGGAAACUCCAUUAUCCACAACAGGUACCUCUCCAUCUUCACCAACUUCUAUGACAGAAAGUACAUCAGAAUUGAGUUCAUCCACAACCGAAAUAUCUUCAGCUAGUGUAGAACAAACAACAAGCCAGGAGACACAAACCUCUCCAGAUACUUCUAGCACAGAAACUGAAUCUACAACGACAGCUUACUCAACAUUUACAACAGCUAUGUCCCCUAUGAGCACAACCACAUUAGAAUCAUCUACAAGUGAAAGUGGUUCAACACUGGAAACUACAAUAUUCACAACAGGUACCUCUCCAUCUUCACCAUCUUCUACAACAGAAAGUAGUUCAGAAUUGACUUCAUCUACAACAGAAAUAUCUUCAGCUAGUGUAGAACAAACAAGAAGCCAGCAGACACAAACCACUCCAGAUACUUCUAGCAAAGAAACUGAAUCUACAACGACAGCUUACUCAACAUUUACAACAGCUAUGUCCCCUAUGAGCACAACCAUAUUAGAAUCAUCUACAAGUGAAAGUGGUUCAACACUGGAAACUCCAUUAUCCACAACAGGUACCUCUCCAUCUUCACAAUUCUCUACGACAGAGAGUACUUCAGAAUUGACUUCAUCUACAACAGAAAUAUCUUCAGCUAGUGUAGAACAAACAACAAGCCAGCAGACACAAACCUCUCCAGAUACUUCUAGCACAGAAACUGAAUCUACAACGACAGCUUACUCAACGAUUACAACAGCUAUGUCCCCUAUGAGCACAACCACAUUAGAAUCAUCUACAAGUGAAAGUGGAUCAACACUGGAAACUUCAUUAUCCACAACAGGUACCUCUCCAUCUUCACCAACUUCUAUGACAGAAAGUACAUCAGAAUUGAGUUCAUCCACAACCGAAAUAUCUUCAGCUAGUGUAGAACAAACAACAAGCCAGCAGACACAAACCUCUCCAGAUACUUCUAGCACAGAAACUGAAUCUACAACGACAGCUUACCCAACAUUUACAACAGCUAUGUCCCCUAUGAGCACAACCACAAUAGAAUCAUCUACAAGUGAAAGUGGAUCAACACUGGAAACUUCAUUAUCCACAACAGGUACCUCUCCAUCUUCACCAACUUCUAUGACAGAAAGUACAUCAGAAUUGAGUUCAUCCACAACCGAAAUAUCUUCAGCUAGUGUAGAACAAACAACAAGCCAGCAGACACAAACCUCUCCAGAUACUUCUAGCACAGAAACUGAAUCUACAACGACAGCUUACUCAACAUUUACAACAGCUAUGUCCCCUAUGAGCACAACCACAAUAGAAUCAUCUACAAGUGAAAGUGGUUCAACACUGGAAACUACAAUAUUCACAACAGGUACCUCUCCAUCUUCACCAUCUUCUACAACAGAAAGUAGUUCAGAAUUGACUUCAUCUACAACAGAAAUAUCUUCAGCUAGUGUAGAACAAACAACAAGCCAGCAGACACAAACCUCUCCAGAUACUUCGAGCACAGAAACUGAAUCUACAACGACAGCUUACUCAACAAUUACAACAGCUAUGUCCCCUAUGAGCACAACCACAAUAGAAUCAUCUACAAGUGAAAGUGGUUCAACACUGGAAACUCCAUUAUCCACAACAGCUACCUCUCCAUCUUCACCAUCUUCUAUGACAGAAAGUACAUCAGAAUUGACUUCAUCUACAACCGAAAUAUCUUCAGCUAGUGUAGAACAAACAACAAGCCAGCAGACACAAACCUCUCCAGAUACUUCUAGCACAGAAACUGAAUCUACAACGACAGCUUACUCAACAUUUACAACAGCUAUGUCCCCUAUGAGCACAACCACAUUAGAAUCAUCUACAAGUGAAAGUGGUUCAACACUGGAAACUCCAUUAUCCACAACAGCUACCUCUCCAUCUUCACUAUCUUCUAUGACAGAAAGUACAUCAGAAUUGACUUCAUCUACAACCGAAAUAUCUUCAGCUAGUGUAGAAAAAACAACAAGCCAGCAGACACAAACCUCUCCAGAUACUUCUAGCACAGAAACUGAAUCUACAACGACAGCUUACUCAACAAUUACAACAGCUAUAUGCCCUAUGAGCACAACCACAUUAGAAUCAUCUACAAGUGAAACUGGAUCAACACUGGAAACUUCAUUAUCCACAACAGGUACCUCUCCAUCUUCACCAACUUCUAUGACAGAAAGUACAUCAGAAUUGAGUUCAUCCACAACCGAAACAUCUUCAGCUAGUGUAGAACAAACAACAAGCCAGCAAACACAAACCUCUCCAGAUACUUCUAGGACAGAAACUGAAUCUACAACGACAGCUUACUCAACAUUUACAACAGCUAUGUCCCCUAUGAGCACAACCACAAUAGAAUCAUCUACAAGUAAAAGUGGUUCAACACUGGAAACUACAAUAUCCACAACAGGUACCUCUCCAUCUUCACCAUCUUCCAUGACAGAAAGUACAUCAGAAUUGAGUUCAUCUACCACAGAAAUAUCUUCAGCUAGUGUAGAACAAACAACAAGCCAGCAGACACAAACCUCUCCAGAUACUUCUAGCAAAGAAACUGAAUCUACAACGACAGCUUACUCAACAUUUACAACAGCUAUGUCCCCUAUGAGCACAACCACAUUAGAAUCAUCUACAAGUGAAAGUGGUUCAACACUGGAAACUACAAUAUUCACAACAGGUACCUCUCCAUCUUCACCAUCUUCUACAACAGAAAGUAGUUCAGAAUUGACUUCAUCUACAACAGAAAUAUCUUCAGCUAGUGUAGAACAAACAACAAGCCAGCAGACACAAACCUCUCCAGAUACUUCUAGCACAGAAACUGAAUCUACAACGACAGCUUACUCAACAAUUACAACAGCUAUAUCCCCUAUGAGCACAACCACAUUAGAAUCAUCUACAAGUGAAAGUGGUUCAACACUGGAAACUACAAUAUCCACAACAGGUACCUCUCCAUCUUCACCAUCUUCUAUGACAGAAAGUACAUCAGAAUUGAGUUCAUCUACCACAGAAAUAUCUUCAGCUAGUGUCGAACAAUCAACAAGCCAGCAGACACAAACCUCUCCAGAUACUUCUAGCACAGAAACUGAAUCUACAACGACAGCUUACUCAACAUUUACAACAGCUAUGUCCCCUAUGAGCACAACCACAUUAGAAUCAUCUACAAGUGAAAGUGGUUCAACACUGGAAACUACAAUAUCCACAACAGGUACCUCUCCAUCUUCACCAUCUUCUAUGACAGAAAGUACAUCAGAAUUGAGUUCAUCUACCACAGAAAUAUCUUCAGCUAGUGUCGAACAAUCAACAAGCCAGCAGACACAAACCUCUCCAGAUACUUCUAGCACAGAAACUGAAUCUACAACGACAGCUUACUCAACAUUUACAACAGCUAUGUCCUAUAUGAGCACAAACACAUUAGAAUCAUCUACAAGUGAAAGUGGUUCAACACUGGAAACUCCAUUAUCCACAACAGGUACCUCUCCAUCUUCACAAUUCUCUACGACAGAGAGUACUUCAGAAUUGACUUCAUCUACAACAGAAAUAUCUUCAGCUAGUGUAGAACAAACAACAAGCCAGCAGACACAAACCUCUCCAGAUACUUCUAGCACAGAAACUGAAUCUACAACGACAGCUUACUCAACAUUUACAACAGCUAUGUCCCCUAUGAGCACAAACACAUUAGAAUCAUCUACAAGUGAAAGUGGUUCAACACUGGAAACUCCAUUAUCCACAACAGCUACCUCUCCAUCUUCACCAUCUUCUAUGACAGAAAGUACAUCAGAAUUGACUUCAUAUACAACCGAAAUAUCUUCAGCUAGUGUAGAACAAACAACAAGCCAGCAGACACAAACCUCUCCAGAUACUUCUAGCACAGAAACUGAAUCUACAACGACAGCUUACUCAACAUUUACAACAGCUAUGUCCCCUAUGAGCACAACCACAAUAGAAUCAUCUACAAGUGAAAGUGGUUCAACACUGGAAACUACAAUAUCCACAACAGGUACCUCUCCAUCUUCACCAUCUUCUAUGACAGAAAGUACAUCAGAAUUGAGUUCAUCUACCACAGAAAUAUCUUCAGCUAGUGUAGAACAAACAACAAGCCAGCAGACACAAACCUCUCCAGAUACUUCUAGCACAGAAACUGAAUCUACAACGACAGCUUACUCAACAUUUACAACAGCUAUGUCCCCUAUGAGCACAACCACAAUAGAAUCAUCUACAAGUGAAAGUGGUUCAACACUGGAAACUACAAUAUCCACAACAGGUACCUCUCCAUCUUCACCAUCUUCUAUGACAGAAAGUACAUCAGAAUUGAGUUCAUCUACCACAGAAAUAUCUUCAGCUAGUGUAGAACAAACAACAAGCCAGCAGACACAAACCUCUCCAGAUACUUCUAGCACAGAAACUGAAUCUACAACGACAGCUUACUCAACAUUUACAACAGCUAUGUCCCCUAUGAGCACAACCACAUUAGAAUCAUCUACAAGUGAAAGUGGUUCAACACUGGAAACUACAAUAUCCACAACAGGUACCUCUCCAUCUUCACCAUCUUCUAUGACAGAAAGUACAUCAGAAUUGACUUCACCUACAACCGAAAUAUCUUCAGCUAGUGUAGAACAAACAACAAGCCAGCAGACACAAACCUCUCCAGAUACUUCUAGCACAGAAACCGAAUCUACAACGACAGCUUACUCAACAAUUACAACAGCUAUAUCCCCUAUGAGCACAACCACAUUAGAAUCAUCUACAAGUGAAAGUGGUUCAACACUAGAAACUCUAUUAUCCACAACAGGUACCUCUCCAUCCUCACAAUUCUCUACGACAGAGAGUACUUCAGAAUUGACUUCAUCUACAACAGAAAUAUCUUCAGCUAGUGUAGAACAAACAACAAGCCAGCAGACACAAACCUCUCCAGAUACUUCUAGCACAGAAACUGAAUCUACAACGACAGCUUACUCAACAAUUACAACAGCUAUAUCCCCUAUGAGCACAACCAUAUUAGAAUCAUCUACAAGUGAAAGUGGAUCAACACUGGAAACUCCAUUAUCCACAACAGGUACCUCUCCAUCUUCACCAUCUUCUAUGACAGAAAGUACAUCAGAUUUGAGUUCAUCCACAACCGAAAUAUCUUCAGCUAGUGUAGAACAAACAACAAGCCAGCAGACACAAACCUCUCCAGAUACUUCUAGCACAGAAACUGAAUCUACAACGACAGCUUACUCAACAAUUACAACAGCUAUAUCCCCUAUGAGCACAACCACAUUAGAAUCAUCUACAAGUGAAAGUGGUUCAACACUAGAAACUCUAUUAUCCACAACAGGUACCUCUCCAUCCUCACAAUUCUCUACGACAGAGAGUACUUCAGAAUUGACUUCAUCUACAACAGAAAUAUCUUCAGCUAGUGUAGAACAAACAACAAGCCAGCAGACACAAACCUCUCCAGAUACUUCUAGCACAGAAACUGAAUCUACAACGACAGCUUACUCAACAAUUACAACAGCUAUAUCCCCUAUGAGCACAAACACAUUAGAAUCAUCUACAAGUGAAAGUGGUUCAACACUGGAAACUACAAUAUCCACAACAGGUACCUCUCCAUCUUCACCAUCUUCUACAACAGAAAGUACAUCAGAAUUGACCUCAUCUACAACAGAAAUAUCUUCAGCUAGUGUAGAACAAACAACAAGCCAGCAGACACAAACCUCUCCAGAUACUUCUAGCACAGAAACUGAAUCUACAACGACAGCUUACUCAACAAUUACAACAGCUAUAUCCCCUAUGAGCACAACCAUAUUAGAAUCAUCUACAAGUGAAAGUGGAUCAACACUGGAAACUCCAUUAUCCACAACAGGUACCUCUCCAUCUUCACCAUCUUCUAUGACAGAAAGUACAUCAGAUUUGAGUUCAUCCACAACCGAAAUAUCUUCAGCUAGUGUAGAACAAACAACAAGCCAGCAGACACAAACCUCUCCAGAUACUUCGAGCACAGAAACUGAAUCUACAACGACAGCUUACUCAACAAUUACAACAGCUAUAUCCCCUAUGAGCACAACCAUAUUAGAAUCAUCUACAAGUGAAAGUGGAUCAACACUGGAAACUCCAUUAUCCACAACAGGUACCUCUCCAUCUUCACCAUCUUCUAUGACAGAAAGUACAUCAGAUUUGAGUUCAUCCACAACCGAAAUAUCUUCAGCUAGUGUAGAACAAACAACAAGCCAGCAGACACAAACCUCUCCAGAUACUUCGAGCACAGAAACUGAAUCUACAACGACAGCUUACUCAACAUUUACAGCUAUGUCCCCUAUGAGCACAACCACAUUAGAAUCAUCUACAAGUGAAAGUGGAUCAACACUGGAAACUACAAUACCCACAACAGGUACCUCUCCAUCUUCACCAUCUUCUAUGACAGAAAGUACAUCAGAUUUGAGUUCAUCCACAACCGAAAUAUCUUCAGCUAGUGUAGAACAAACAACAAGCCAGCAGACACAAACCUCUCCAGAUACUUCUAGCACAGAAACUGGAUCUACAACGACAGCUUACUCAACAUUUACAACAGCUAUGUCCCCUAUGAGCACAACCACAUUAGAAUCAUCUACAAGUGAAAGUGGUUCAACACUGGAAACUUCAUUAUCCACAACAGGUACCUCUCCAUCUUCACCAUCUUCUAUGACAGAAAGUACAUCAGAAUUGAGUUCAUCUACCACAGAAAUAUCUUCAGCUAGUGUAGAACAAACAACAAGCCAGCAGACACAAACCUCUCCAGAUACUUCUAGCACAGAAACUGAAUCUACAACGACAGCUUACUCAACAAUUACAACAGCUAUAUCCCCUAUGAGCACAACCACAUUAGAAUCAUCUACAAGUGAAAGUGGUUCAACACUGGAAACACCAACAUCAUCAACAUCAACAUCAACAACUUCAUCAUCAUCAUCAUCAUCAUCAUCAACACCAACAUCAACAUCAUCAUCAUCAUCAUCAUCAUCAUCAUCAACACCAACAUCAUCAUCAUCAUCAUCAUCAUCAUCAACACCAACACCAACAUCAUCAUCAUCAUCAUCAUCAUCAUCAUCAUCAACAUCAACAUCAUCAACAUCAACAUCAUCAACAUCAACAUCAUCAACAUCAACAUCAACAACAUCAUCAUCAUCAUCAUCAUCAACACCAACAUCAACAUCAACAUCAUCAACAUCAUCAUCAACACCAACAUCAACAUCAUCAUCAUCAUCAUCAUCAACACCAACACCAACACCAACACCAACAACAUCAACAUCAACAUCAACAUCAUCAACAUCAACAUCAUCAAAACCUCCUUUAUCCACAACUUUUAGUUCAGUUUCAACAACUCAAAACUGUCUGGAGCAAUGUCAGUGUAGUGGAUCUCCAUGCAUUUUCAAUGUAACAUCUGGGAAAUGUGAAUGUAAAUGCAAUCCUUUCACUUAUGGAGAAACUUGCAAUUUCGCAAAUGACUCUUCUACGGCUAUUUUGUCUGGAGGAAUACCCACAAGGAAGGCAAAUAUCUCUCUUCGAAUUUCGAUGGACUAUAUUCCUGAGUAUGGAAAUUUGAACUCUUCCGAAUCGAAAAAACUAAUUUUCAUCUUAAAACAAGAGCUUUCAGUUCUUUGCAAAAGAGCAAAUGCACAAAACUUCAAAGACGUGCACAUUGUUAGGCUAAAGAGUGGAAGUGUCGUUGCUGAAAGUGUUGCAGAAUAUAACUAUCCCAACAACAACUCACAAAUAACGUUUCUAAAUACAAAUCUGGGACCGACUCUGGAAAAAAUAUUUGAAGACCCAAAUUCCCUGAAAAAUCUCACCGUAGCUCUCGGUAAUCGAAGCAUCGAAGCUAGCAAUAUUACCAUGGAGAAUGCUACAGUAUUGGAUAUUUCAGAACUAAAACCAUAUGUGAACUGCCCUGAGAAUUUUGCAAACUUAACGGAGGAGAUUGAAAAUGGAGUAUGGGUAUGUGUGGGAUCAUGCAAAAAAAAUAUCAACUACUGCAAUCAACAUGGUGAAUGCCUAAAUGCAAUAAAUGGACCACAGUGCAAGUGUGCCAGUUCUUACUUUGAGAAGUACUAUGGAGAUCAGUGUGAGCUGUACAGCAGAGGGGCUGGUUUCUACGCAGUUCUCUUCGGCAGUUUAGCAGCUUUUGCUCUACUUAUCAUUGUUUCAGCUGUGAUGGGUGUGGUGCUCUACAGGGCCAAGAGAACGUCAAGAAAAAGGAAGUUAUCGUUUUUUGAUGAUGUCGUCUUUGAUUUUACAUCAAGAGGAUCCAUAGACAGAGGCUAUGGGCAUCAAAACUUUUCAGCCACAGAAGACUCAGAAUCAGGGUCUUAUGGAGCGCCCAAUUAUCAUUCAUCUGCAUGAUAAGACCAGAGUAACUGAAGUGAUGGAUGUCUGGUUUGCCACGCCGACACAAUCAAUCACAAAACACGGCCAAUCAGAACAAUCCUCUCUGUUUGCGCACCCCUAUCGCUCUGAAAACUAAGCACACAUACCUUGUAUGUUUAUGACUUCUGUGAUGCUUCUCUAUAGGGCAUGCUUUUAAUGGUGUAUCGUGUAAUGUCCUCUUGUAAACUUUACGCAAUCACUCUCCAUGUUUGGUAAUUAAUAUACAUUAGGAUCUGCACAUCGGUCCAAUGAGCUGUGAUGUGGGCGGGGCUUCCUGCUCAACACACACACACACACACACACACACACAUAUUGCUCGUCGCUUGUUGAUGAUA